AUGCCCCUGGAACCCCUCUUUCCGCCAGCCUCCUCUGAGCUUGGCAAAGUAUCUCUCAAGCGGGUCAUCCGCCUCCUCUGGGGACUCCAAUCCCAGGUUGACCGCAUCAAGCGGACCCUCUUGGAACAAACCAAAAUUAGCCGAGAGGUUUGGACCAAUGUCAAGAACAUCUUGCAAACGGUCAAUACUGUCAAGGAUGGGCUUGCCCAACUCCAGCACUCCCAGGGCCCCCACACCCCAGAAGAACCAAAACCUCCUGCGGUCAAGGAAACUCCCAGGGCCGCGCCCAAAGCUGAGCCUAUUGGCAAGGCUCAACCAUUCCUUGGGGCCCCAGCCCCUAUCAUCUCCACAGGGGCUCCCAGGCGCGACCCCCUCUCAUUAUUCAACCCAUACCCUGCCUCCUCCUUCCCUUCAUGA